GAGAGAGAGAGAGCAGUGAAGUGGAAAUAUGGGUGAGCACCAGAACACGACAGAAAUAGAGCGAUAAAGCAGUGAAUUAGGCAGAGGCAGGCAGAGGAGGAGGACAAACGCUUCACUGAGGCGGUGAUGCUCGGUGCAGACGAGGUUAUUUUGUCGUAGCACAAAAGCUGUUGUCGUGUGUGGAUGUGAGAACCUCAUGGAUUUGCUCCCCGCCGAGUCUCAGUGGAAUUCGCCGCAGACGAAGGAUGCUGUUGUUGGAUGCUAGGAUCCAUGUGGGCCUGUGACGCGCGGCUACCUUCUUCCUCAGGAUGGCUCCGGUGGCUCUGACCCAGAUUGUGGAGUCGUGGCUCUUCGCCGUGCGCUGCUGCUGCUGCUGCUGCUGCUCCUCCCCGGGUGGUCUGUUCCUGUGAUGCGGACGAGGCAUGCUCUUGAGGCCGGCGGACACCGCUCAGCCCGCUGCCUCUGCUGACAUCUGUCUCCGUGGUUACGCACAGCGCCUGGCACGCUACGCCAACAACACUGAUCCAUAAUAAUAAUCCCCAGCUGGAGAACAAACAACAUCUGGGCGUGGAGAGAAGGGAGAGGGCCAAGUCUCAGCAGGGUGGGCGGCAGAUGGUGACACUGCAGCAGCACUUCUCCAGCAUGGAGGAGACGGUGCGAACGAUACUACAGAACCAGGACUCACUGGAGGGGCCCAAGGUGGACCCACUGGACCUCAUGAAAGCAUACAAGGACAAACUCCUGGAGGAAAUGUGGAAGCAGCAGGACAGUCUGGAGGGUCCCACAGCCACGGCAGCAGAGAUGCCUACCUCACCCGAGGCUGGCGGUGGAUCAGAGGAAAAUUCAAAGGACAGCAAUCCCCUGCUAGAGCGACUCAGAGCGCUGGAGGUGGAGAACUCUGCUCUGUCGAUGGAGAACGACAACCAGAGGAAGCAGUAUGAACGCUGUCUGGAUGAGGUGGCUAACCAGGUGGUCCAGGCCCUGCUCACGCAAAAGGACUUGAAAGAGGAGUGUGUGAAGCUGCGGACCCGAGUGUUUGACUUGGAGCAACAAAACCGCAUACUGAGCGUGCUCUUUCAACAGCGUGUCAAAAUGUCCGCGAUUCCUGUCUCCCAGGAGGUCCAAAGAAAUGGAAAAGCAGGUAUUCCUCCAGGAAGAUGGCCCAGCUUACUGAGCCUCACAUGCCCACGCAGCAGUGGUAGCGGCAGUGGCAGUGAGCUGUCACUAUCCAGUGCUUGUAGCGAAUACUCCAGUGGCUCCCACACCUGGGCAGAGGGACGGGGAUUCUCCAAGCAGUGUGCCACAAGCCGGGACAAAAGGAUGAGUACGGGUUCAGUAUCCAGCAAUCAUUCAGCACCGUCUGAGCAAACAGAGCUGGGAUGGAAGGAAGGCCACAUUUUGAAAGGCCUGAAGCGUCUUCAAAUGUGCAACUCCAAAGAGGCGUCCUCUCUUGCGUCUGUACCACAUUGCAAAGAUUGUAUGACCUCAAAUGAGGGCAUAUAUUCUCUAUAUUCUCUGGGUGUAAAGUGUGGCCAGCAGGGGGCUACAGCCAAGCAAGUAGCUCUUGCAAGUAAACCCUUCAAGGCUGAAGCAGGGAUUGCCACCCUCGACUCAGAUGAUGCAGAUGAUGACUCGCCUAAAUUACCAAACAGGGAAUCCAGUGACAAGCCAACGAAAGAACUUCUGUUCAUGGACAAACUCUCCAAUGUCUCUGGGGAUGCUGACAAAAAUGUUCAAGAAGACCCUGUGAAACUGUCAGGGAAUUCUGGUCUUUUCCCCUCACCUGUCACAGACAACUUCUUGUUUUUGGAGGGCCCCACAGUAAAACCUGGUGUGAGCCCAACUGAUAGCCUUACACAUCUAGAGGACAUAAACAAGGACUCACUAGAAAAACACAAAGGCAUAAAGUUCAGUGACAGAAACAAUAACCAGGAAAGGUCCACUGACCGCAAAUCCAGACUUGAUUAUGUCAAAAGACAACAGGGUAGACUUCCCAUCAAGCAAGUGGAAGCAGGGACAAGUGACAUGAGCUCAUCUCUUCAGAAUACUGCAACAAGAGCUCUCAGUUGUGUGAAUGAAGCCAGGCAGCGCAGCUCUUCAAUGGAGGUUCCUCAUUGCAGAGACCAGGCCAUUCAAACUGGAGGGGAAGGUCAGGAGUACACCAUCUCAGAUUCUCCACAGAGGAAACCGAAAUCCCAGCUUUGUGACUCAGCAAGGAAAGCUUUCAUUCUGCGGAGCAAGAGUGCAGAUGGAGGACAAGAACAACCGAAGCAUACACAUUCUCCUCUACACCAAAAGCUUAUCAAGGGCCACAGGUCAAAAGGGCAGUCAAACCCGAACCCUACAGGGCAAAGUGUCCCAAGUAAGAGGACAAAUCCCAGCAAACCACAUGGGUCAAGCAAGGGCACAUUAUCUAAGGCUGAGGCGGAGGAGGAAACUGAAAUAUCAACAAGUUCCAAGUCUCUUGAGAGCGUGCCACAGCGCUCUCCACUUGCUUCCCCUGUGAAACAUUCAAAGACAUUUAAGUCGACAGGGAUCAAUGAAUCCUCAAAGAGUCCAACAAAAUCGUCUUUGCCUAUCACUAGAGUACAAUCAAGCAGUGACUCUGUGGAAGAGAGCAUCUAUGACAACUUACCCUGCUCUCCACGAAAACAACGACGCCAGGACCAGCACUGUGAUGCUUCCCAUUCAGAACACAGGUCUCCAUCCCCACCGCUACCCCCAGGUCGAAGUGCUUCUCUUCUGCUUAGACCUAGUUGUGACAGUUUAACAAAAGAUCAAAAAUCAGCAAGUCAGGCUCAAAGCUCUACGACUGGGAAGAUAACAUCAAGCACUAACAAGACGCAAUCAAAUCAGCUUUCUUUACAGCCUCAACAAUCCAACGCCACAAAAGACUGUCAACAUGCAGCCUCUCAAGUUGCUGCUGAAGGGAAAUCACUGAAAGACACUCCUGCCAAAAUCUACCAUACCCAAUCAUCUAAGAUACCACCUGUCCCAAUUCAAGAAUCACAAGCUUCAGAGUCAGCCCAGUUAUCUGUAGACAGGCAGGCUGCCAUAUGCUAUAAUGAAAAUGGUGCUCCUUCUAUAUUGCCAAGUCAGAGCAUCUUGCAAAGAUCCCAACAGAGCAUUAGUGAGCCAAAACUUUCAGAAGUCUUGCCUCCGGCAUAUUCUAAUGUUUACUACCAUGGGAUUGCCAAUAAUCCCCAGUCUUCCACCUCAAGAGCUGUAAAAAGGACUCUUCCCGUGAAUGCUAAAUCUCAUGAGGCAAUCGCUGGACAAGAAACAAAUACUUUCCUCAUUUUUGGAAGACAAAACAAAGAGGAUACUGCAAGAAGUGUCCAAACCUUUCAAACUUUUACAUGUGAUCCGCAUAUGAUACAUGAAUGUGGUGCACAUGACAAAGGUCGCAGGAAGAUUGAGACUCGCUGUAACUCACUAGAUUCUGAGCCGUCUGUUCAGCCUGUUGCGUCAGAUAGCGGUGUGAUGUUAGACUGGGGAUUCGACGAGGAAGGUUGGCUGUUCAAACGAUCUGUGUCUGUGUCAACCAGACCUCCUCUUAAACCAGUCCUGGGCAUGAAUGGGGCCAAGGCUCGCAGUCAAAGCUUUGGUGCGCGUUACAUGGACAGACCAAGCUUCAACAGAUCUGGAAAAGUCCGCACUCAGAUCAAAACACACUCAGGGAGCUCCUUGAACUCUCUCGGUGAUGUCCUACCAGGAAGUAUGAGUUGCUCCAGUAGCUACCACUGUCCGAUGAAUCGAUCCCUUUUGAACAACUUCUUGAUUGAAGAGGGACUGGCAGUUCCCUCCCAUUUGGGAUCCUCAAGUGAAAGACUUCAAAGUCUUAAACUCCAGAGAGAGCAAGCCAGACGCCUUCAGAUUGAGCAGCAGUUUUCAAGCGCUUUCGGGGAGCCAGUUUCUGAAGAACCAGAGAGACAAAGUACUAUAACUACAAUUGAAGAAAAAGUGAUGCUUGGCAUAGAGGAGAACCUGCAUAAGUCUCAGGAACAGGAGAGAAGCGUUGAAGUGAAGCAAAAAUCUGGCUCGAGUUUAGCAAAUUGGUUUGGUUUUCGGAAGAGUAAGCUUCCUGCCCCGAGCAGCAAGAAGACCGAUCCGCCAAAAGUAAAGGAAGACAAGAGGGAGCAAAAGAUUACAUCACUGCUGAGUGGAAAGCAAACCAAGUCUGACAAAAAGAGAGACAGAAGAAAAAGUGAUGGAAAAGAUAGCUCUGUGGGGAGAAGAGAGUCUCAUGAUGCGGUGCGGGCAUGCAUUUCAAUGCCCUGCCCAGGAAUGUCCCUGAGUGAGAUACAAGGACAUACUGACAUCAUCGGGGACCCCAAGAUGCAGAUGAUGAACCGAAGAGCUGAUAGUGAAAACGGAUCCACAGUGAAGAGCCCCACUCAAGACGCCGUAAUAGGCUCCGGCUGCAAGAUGCGAACGUUGGACAGUGGGAUCGGGACCAUCCCCCUUCCUGAAUCCUGUUCCUUCUUCUCCUCCAUCCUGCACUUCCUCCCCAAAUCCUCAUCAACCCCAGAACAGUCCCUCAGUCCUCCCAGUGUCCCCGGCUCCUCCAGCGAGGAUGUGUCUCCUUCCCCAUUACCCCGGUGGAGAAUCCCCUCCAGCUUUAAGGACAGCAGCCAUGCGGGGGUGCCGAACUCCCUGUCCGACUCCUCCAUGACCCAUAUCCAGUCAGUGCCUUUCCCCACUGUGGCCUUCCUCCAGCCCAUCCAACCCCCGUCUGAACCCAUUAUGACCUCUGCCAGUGUGUGUGAUACGCAGAGCAGGCUACCCAGACCACCACCAGGUGGAAUGGAACCAAAGAAGUUGACCUAUAUCAAAUCGAAAACACGAGCCACUCCGAGCCAACAGAAAGAACAGACGAGACUUCAGCUUGCCAACUAGUUUCUGAAGCUGAAUGAGUCGAGCUGAAGCAAGGAAUCAAGCAAUCGGUUGGAUUUAUCGCUCUGCCACACAUGGAGGAUCCCUAAAUCCCACAGCUUGGACACUGUGUCUUUGUAUCGGGAUGAAACACUCAGAACUGGACAACGAGUGAGCUUGGCAUUUUAGGCUUCCACCUGUGCUCAGUGUUGUGUUAAGAUACUGAGAAGCCUUUCAGGUGUAGCAACAAACCUUCUGGCAGCCAUUUUGGAGGUCUGCACCUCGCUGGCAUCAGCCCUGAGCUGCUGAUUGAAUUUCGAAAUCUACAAUUCUGCUGUGUCCCCCGAACAUACACAGACGUGGUUCAUUUUUACAACCAACAGUUGUACAAAACAUACAUGUAACACAUUUUUAAAAUAUUUUGACAGGCUAUCAUAGCACCGUAAGAGCUCCAUGUAAUUCAAACACAUCUGAUAUUAUCUAACACAGUGGGUCCCCUUAGUGACCAGCAACUCUAUUUUCACGUAGUCAUCAUAUCAAGCUUCACUUGUUAAGCUAAUUGCAGCCAAACUACAAAAUCAAAGCAGGACAGGACAGUUGUCAGUGUUUAUGGUCAGAGCUGCAAUCACAGAAUAAAUUAUACUCAGAUAAAUAGAUGUACUGUCACCUAAACAAUCAGUGACUAGUGUAGUAAUGUUG